CUGUGGCCUACUGUUUUUAUCUUCAUUUUACAAGAACUUUUAACUAUUGGCGCAGCCGAAAUGUUCCCGGUCCCUCGCCUGUUCCAAUAUUUGGGAAUUUGAUGGAGUCUACAUUGCGUCGCGAAAAUAUCGCAAUUGUUUUUAAAAAGAUUUACGAAGCCUAUCCUAAUGAAAAAGUAGUCGGAGUGUAUAGAAUGACAACGCCCGAUUUACUAAUUAGAGACCCGGAUAUUGUAAAGCAAGUGAUGAUCAAGGAUUUUGAUAUUUUUCCUGAUCGUGGAAUAGAAUUUGACACAGAUGGACUGGGUGCUAAUCUAUUUCAUGCCAACGAGAAGACCUGGAGAAUUUUAAGGAAUAAAUUGACACCAAUUUUUACUUCAGGAAAAUUGAAGAAUAUGCUUCACUUGAUUAUCGAUAGAAGUGAACAUUUUAUAAAGUACAUAGAAAAUGUAAUUCAAACACAAACUGAACAAGAAGUUUUCCAACUUGCGCAAAAGUUUACGAUUACAGCCAUAUCGGCUUGCGCCUUCGGCCUGGAUAUAGACAUAACGAAACAAGACAAUGUGAUGGAGAUGUUGAUGAAACUCGAUAAGAGAAUAUUUACUAUUAAUUACGCAACAGAAUUAGAUAUGAUGUAUCCUGGAAUAGUGGGCAAGCUAGGAUGGUCUUUGUUCCCAGCCGAUGUAAAAGACUUUUUCCAUGGUCUAGUCAAACAAGUAGUUUCUAUGAGAAACGGAGAACUAACGAAUAGACAGGAUUUUAUGGAUUUAAUUCUGGAAUUAAAACAAGCAAAGCGAGUUGAAGAGGUCCAGAGUCCGGAAAAAGAAGAAAAUAUAUCUAUUGAAAUAACAGAAGGAUUGAUUGCUGCUCAGGCUUUUGUAUUCUAUGCGGCAGGCUACGAAACUAGUGCAACUACUUUGGGGUUUAUGUUUAUGCAACUUGCAUUAAAUCCAGAGGUGCAGGAAAAAGUAGCUGUUGAAAUUAAAGAAGUGCUGAAGCGGCAUAAUGAUAAAAUAACUUAUGAGGCGCUGCAAGAAAUGACUUACUUAGAAAGAGUUUUGAAUGAGACUCUUCGUCUGUUCCCUGUAGUGGACCCCCUUUUCAGAAAAGUGGGUGCGGAUUACAAGAUUCCUGGAACCGACGUGGAAUUGAAGAAGGGUCAAACUGUUCUUGUUUCUGCCAGUGGAAUACAUCAUGAUGAAAAAUAUUGGCCUGAUCCAUCAAAAUUUGAUCCUGAUAGGUUCACUCCCGAAAAGUCAGCUAGUAGACAUCCCGCCGUGUAUUUGCCUUUCGGGAUCGGCCGCAGACAAUGCAUAGGAAUGCGGUUUGCGAAGGUGCAGAGCCGCGUGUGCGCGGUGCGACUGCUGCAGCGCUUCCGGCUGGAGCCAACGGAGCACACUCCCAGAGAACUUCGGUAUAACCCUGACCGCAUAGUGCUGACCAUAAUCGGAGGGUGCAAAUUGAAUAUAUUGCCUAGAGAGUAG